AUGCUCUGCAAUCCUCUCCCACUCACCCUUCCUCUCGAUAUCUGGGGUGAAAUUGUGCAACAUGUCUACUUCGAGGGAGACAUGGACACCCUUCGUUCCCUUUCACUAUGCUGUCGCGCUCUCCUGCCGUUUUGCCAGCGCGAACUAUUCUACUCCGUGUUGAUCCCCGAACGCGUUCCCGAGCAUGCCACAGAAAGAGAUGCUCGAAUCCAAGAACUACACCAAAUUCUCUCUCAGUCACCCCAUAUCUCCAACUACGUUCGGAUUUUUACGUUCUUCAUUGCUUUGGCCGAUGUGAAUAACCCGAUCAUUCGCGAGAUUGUGGCACGGUUUACUCGAAUACGAUUCCUCGAGCUGGACCACCGGGACACAACUACUAACCGGCUUUUGGAUUGGGACCUUUUCGACGAGGGUUUCAAAGGAGCUUUCAAGGACAUCAUACAACUCCCCCAUCUCGAAUCUCUCGACUUGGCUACGUUCACGAAUGUACCGACAUCGACCUUUCUUGAUUUGUCACAGGAACUAGAAAUUAUAAACCUCAAUGAGGUUGAGCUGAAGGACGAUUUGAAGUCACCGACUCCUGGUUUGCUCCGCGCCAGUAGAUCAGGAAGAAUACCUCAGCCUUCGUUGAUUACCGCGAUGAAUGGGUGCGGAGACAUAAUCUCUUUGCUCCUGAACGCCACCCCCCAGCUCGUCGAUUUCACGAAGUUGGAUUAUAUUGGGAUUGGUUGGGACAAAGAGAACAUCGUCGCCGUGGUAUCUCGGAUGCUCAAGGCAGCUCCUGCGCUUGAGUUCUUAUCUUGCCGAGGGACCAAUGGAACAACAAUUCCGUUUCGCGGGCUCGCAAACGCGAUCUCCGCAGCCAAUCUCAAAUCGUUGGAACAACUAGAAGUCAUGCCGGCCCUGACAGUCCUCAAUACUGGACCUUCGGACGACCUCCUUUGGGGUUUACGCGAUGAAGUCGCGCUUCUCGCCACGAAGUCCAAGCUCAAGAAAUUCAACAUCCGAUUCGAACUCUAUGGAAGCCACUUCGGUCUUCCAACCAAGCUAGGCGAACUUGACAGUCUGUUCGAGACUAAAAAUUUCUUCCCCACUCUACGAAAGCUCAGCAUACAGAUUUUAGUGCUUGUUGAGGACACAAGGACCGUACACGAGAGGCACACCUUGCGAACCGAGCUGGAACAAGGGUGCUAUGAUGAAUGUCGCAGAAUCCAACGAACGCCUGGUCUAGUGUUCGAUUGUGACGUUUCUGUGGAAACGGUGCAUCUCGGAUGA